AUGACUGAUCAAGCAGCACGUGAGGCAACCCAGUCUUCAGGCAUCGCCUACCCCUCUGCUUAUCAGAAAGACUACGAUUUCAGCACGCCCUUUCUCACACCAUUUUUUCACGACUACGGCAUCUCGCGCUGCAAUCUACAUCUCAUACUAGCUACCAUGAACCAUGAAAACCACGAAAACAACUCUGGAGAUGUUAACCAAAGGACCAUCGCCGCUCAGAAACUUGUGGAUGAUGUCGUCAACCAACGGUCUCCUUACGACCUCUUCAUGGAGAAUCUUAGGGCGAUCAGGAUAUCUUCGGUGGAAGGGGAGGACUACGUUCAACAGGUCAAUGAACGUAUGCGGUUACAAGGUGACGGAGGAGGUUCUGCACAACCAUUGCCAGCUUGGUUGAAUGUGUCUUCCUCUACUCAACCUUCCCAUGCUGAGAAUCCUUCAGCUCAUCCAUCAUGUUCAUCCACCCCUGAGGGACUUACUGCCGAAGAACUCCUCCAAUUCAAAGAACAUCGACAAGAACUUCUCAAGCGUCCAAACUCUACUAAUCAAGGACCGAACGAUGUUUCCGAAGACAUCGCGUGGGCACUUCUUCGAGCAAAAAUCAACCAGACUCAUUCAGCACUCGGAACUCAGCCCACGUCCUAUCCUUUGGACGACAUCAUCAAACUUCUUAAUGUCUCGCCUUCCUCCUCUGCCACUAUCCCAGCCUCGGUUUUAUCAGCAGCACCUCACCUCUCUGCUCUCUCGGAGCACACAUUUCUCGACUCUCACCUACAAACGACAUGGAAGCUUCGUCAAUCGUUCAACUCCGACAAAGCUAUUGACCCAAUCAUAGACCUCAUGCAACUGCAGCCUCUCGUUGACCCGAUCCCUCGUCCCUUGUGGCGAGCUAUCAUCCAAGAUCAAUAUGUCGAUUUCGAAAAGCUGCACGCUUCGAUGGAUCGGGGGUUUAGUCACAACGACGAUGCGAAGGAUUUUGCAGGGGGUUUUUCAUUGGUACGGAAGGAUCAGUAUUCAGCUAGGAAAGUGGUUAGGAAUGAGGCGGAAUGGGCUCGGGUUUUUCAAGCAUGGAAAGCAGGCGUUGUUUUAUUGUAUCCACAUCGCCUCAAUGAGCUCAAUACAUAUCAAGAUAUGGUUAUUGAGCUUUUUCGUGCCGCUCCCUAUGAUCCGUUUGUCACUAUCAAUGUCGACGCUGAGGCCCGUGACCGAUACGCUCGCAGUCCUUAUCAGAUGGACGACCGCAGUCGCUUCCAACUCCCACUUCUAUCACAGAUGCUGCGAAAACGCGAGGCUACCGAUACUAUGGGCCCGUCGAAACGCGCAAACAUGGGAUUUGUUCCGAAUGCGGAGGAAAGCACAAAGCUCGAGACCACGAAACGUGCCUCUCUUCUCUCGAAGCUCGCCGUGGAAAAGGACCUAGCACAAGCCACGCGGAAAGCAGAGGAGGCAAUUCUGGAAGGUCCUAAGGCCUUGCCUCGAAACUCGACGAAACGUCAAUCUGACACCAUAAUUGACCCCCCUCGUUUUCGUCGACGACUUAAAACUAGCUCAUUCCACGCGCCUCUGCUCAGCAAAAUUGCUGGUGUUCGUGAUCCCUUUGACGCAGCCCAUACUGUUGGAAACGACAUCUACUUUUAUGACAUCAUGUCAUGGAGGUGCCCUGGCUGCAUUUGA